UCACCCAACAUGUGCGAGCAAUUGUGUAACCUGGACUAAACGUAACCCGCGACGUGUGGUUUUAUUUUGAAGGGCCCCGCCGGAGUUGUGUUUUUCCGGCUAAUCUUGACGCGGCGCAUUGGUCGCCAGCAGCCACGUCUGCGAGUCAGCUGCACGGAUUCCCGACCCAGAUAACGCAGACAAGCAGCGCCUGUUCGUUUAGAGUCACCGUCGAGGACAAUGGCGCACGACGCGACCGGCUCUGUCGUCUCCGCGGACCUCGAGCUCAUGCUAGCGGCUAGCUAACAUGCUCGGGCCACUUCCUGUUCCCCUCCGCUCCGCGCCGCCUCGUUCGCCGGCUGCCCGCAGCGUAGUUCACUCCCAAGUUGAAGCAGCCCAACAGCAGAGGACCGGGGACUCCAGGACAUAAAGCACCUGAGGCCUUUUGACGCGGGACUGACACAGCGGCCGCUUUCCUCGAACAAUCCAAAGAUGGACUAAGACAUUUAAAAAAAAAAACCUCAUCCAACCGCCACCUGCCUCCCGCCUGUCGUGGCCCCUGGGGGCCCCACUGGCGGUAAGGCGGGAUGCCGUGCUGCAAGCAGACCGCUUUACACCCGCUAUGGCGCCUGCUGUCCCCCCUCCGCACCCACCAGGUGGGGGUGUCCCGCAGCGAGAGCCUGCCGGGGGAGCAGAUGCUGAAGCUCACCGUCACGGAGACGACGGUGAUGGAGGCGGAGUCCGGCGUGUGGAACUGGCGCUCCCUGGCCUACCUGGGCCUCUGGUACCUAUUCAGCUUCUGCACGCUGUUCCUCAACAAGUACAUCCUGUCGCUGCUGGAGGGGGAGCCCAGCGUGCUGGGCGCCGUGCAGAUGCUUUCCACUACGGCCAUCGGCUUCCUGAAGAUGUGUGUUCCCUGCUGCCUGUACCAGCACAAGUCCAGAGCCGAGUACCCCCCCAACUUCAUCAUGAUCAUGCUGUUUGUUGGGCUCAUAAGGUUCACGACGGUGGUUCUGGGCCUGGUGAGCCUGAAAAAUGUGGCGGUGUCUUUUGCGGAGACGGUGAAGAGCUCGGCACCCAUCUUCACCGUCAUCAUGUCCAGGCUGAUCCUCGGAGAGCACACAGGGCUGCGGGUGAACCUGUCGCUGUUCCCCGUCAUGGCGGGCCUGGCCCUGUGCACGGCCACGGAGAUCAGCUUCAACAUGCUGGGCUUCUCCGCCGCCCUCUCCACCAACAUCAUGGACUGUUUGCAGAACGUUUUCUCCAAAAAGCUGCUGUGUGGGGAGCGUUACAGGUUCAGCCCCGCAGAGCUGCAGUUCUACACCAGCGCCGCCGCGGUCGUCAUGCUUAUACCUGCCUGGGCGUUCCUCUUGGACUUCCCGGUGAUCGGCAAGAGUGGUCGCAGCUUCAUCUUCGACCAGCACAUCGUCCUGCUGCUGCUGCUCGACGGCUGCCUGUUCCACCUGCAGAGCGUCACUGCCUACGCGCUCAUGGGGCGGAUCUCCCCAGUAACCUUCAGCGUGGCCAGCACCGUCAAACACGCCCUGUCGGUGUGGAUGAGCAUCCUCGUGUUCAGUAACCAGAUCCACUUCCUCAGCGCCAUCGGCACCUUCCUCGUCUUCAUCGGGGUCUUUUUGUACAACAAGGCCAGGCAGCACCAGAGGGCCUCCUUCCACGCCGCGGCUGCAGAGCAGGACCGCAAACCGCUUCUGCACGACGCGAUCGCCCGAGCUCCUCCGUCGCACAUGGGACCCGGGACCCGCCACCAAAGCGCUGCCUGAAAUGGGAUCGCGGUGGUGGACAAAAACCAUUUUCCCGCGAGGAUGACUGGGCGUUUGUUUGUCCUUCGCCGGGGUCGCGCGCCGCAGUCAAAGAGGACCCGCUGACUUGUUCCAGAGCGCGGUUUUGUGUUCUCACGCGCCCUCGAUCCUUUGCUGUCUGAUCAGGGGGGGAAGCUCAGGGCCUCCGUCUGCUUUUUGGAGGAAGAACUUUCUUUUGUAUUCCACAGUGUGCUGGUUCCGUUGCUCAGCAGCUGCUAAAUCAGUCAAAAUGCCUGAAUAUUUUUCAACCGUUGAAGCUGUAAGAUUUUAAUUCUGUGCCGACACUGUAUCAUAAAAUGUCAGAUUGUACUGCGGAGCCGCGGUGGCCGAGGCGGCCGACGCUUUGACUUUGCCGUUUGACACAGUUGACAAGUGUUGAACAUGUGAAAGCCACAUACUGCAUUCAAUGAAUGCUCAUCCUCCAAGUACGGCGUGUGUUUAUGUACAUGCGUUUCAUUUCCUUUUGUAAGAGGCCUCUCUCUCCGCCCAGUGCAUGCUGGGAAAGCAGCCUUCAAUAGGAAAAGGGCCAUAGGGAAUGAACGGCGUUGCAGACAACACAUUCAUUCAAUCUUUCAGAAGAAACGGUUUAAUACAACGUUGGUUUUAUUUUCGUGGUCGUCUACAGAACAACCUACUUUACUUGCGGCGGUUGUUUGCGGUCAAUCUUCUCGUGCUGCGGAGGAUUGUAGAGCACGUUUCAAAUGCAAUCACCGUUGGUUCUUCCACCCUAAGGCGUAGAAUUGGGUGGUGGAGCUGCUUGUUUAGAAGCCGUUCGAUGGUCGUGCAGCGUUAUUACCACGAAGAACCGGACCAACGGGCUGAAAAACAAAAAGAAUCCCUGUGUGUAAUGUUAGUUUUCAUCAAAAUGGAUCACACCACUGUUCAUUCCCUGCAGUACGAGUCUGUGUAAAACCGGCGCCACUAAUGAAAACGGACCAAUCCGCCGCGAUGUCCUCAGUCUGAACAUCGCAUCAUGUGGAGUAUUUUAGGAACGCUCUACUCAGUCUUUGUUUGUUUUAAUGUGAUCAGAUGAGUUGUUUUGGACUGACUCAAAACAUUAUUAUUAUUUCCUGUUAUUCUGGGAAUUUUUCUAUUUGAAAAGAGCUCAACUCAUGUCUGCGGUUCAAUGUGAUAUUGACGGACUAGAAUAGCAUCUUUUUACACCUUUUUUAAUUCGUUGGAAUGCUGCCUCGAAUGUGAACUCAAGAUAUACAGAUUUACUUUUGUUGUGCGUUUGUCAUUGACGUUCACAGGUUCUUGGGAACGUGCAAAUCAAUUAUGUAGAAAAUAUUGUCCAAUGGUUGUUAAUGCAGAUGCAAUGAUGUUUGAUGGAGAAAAUUAAAAGGAAGUAUUUUCACAUUGUGGAAA